AUGGUUUCAGGCGGAAUCGAGAUACUAGCUAAUUGCAGUAUACUUCUUGUAUGGUUAUCUAGUACUAGUCAACUAGAUCAGAGUGCUAUAAGUAUAUACGCCUUCCCUCCGGGAAAGCCAAUCUCGGUCCCUGCUACAGUCGUUACCAAUAAUUAUGCACAGAUUCUCUACUCUGCCGUAUAUCAGGCUGAUCCAUCCAUUCAGGAGUAUGUGUUAGGUUACAAUGUGGGAGGUCAACAUCAACUGUUUCCAGACACUGGAGUUUUGACUUUGACCUCACCGUGCUCAUCGGAUAACUCAUCCACCUCGCAACCAAUUGGUACAGAGACCAUUUUGGCUGCUGCAAGUGAUAUAUUAAUCACGAUUGCAUACUUUUCAAUCCCCAUCGAGCUCUUGUAUUUUUUGAUUCGGGCAAACGAGUUCCCGUACCCUCAAAUAACCUCAUUAUUUAUACUAUUCAUAUUCUGUUGCGGAAUGACACAUCUCAGUGCAGCUUGGAUGCCAUGGCACCCUUCUAUACAUUGGGUUUCAACGGCGUUAAAGAUUCUGACGGCUGUAGUUAGUUGUUUUACAGCCGUCGCCUUGUUUUUUGCAAUACCUCAUGCUGUUGCAUAUCCAAAAUAUGUCAAGUCAGUCGAGACUCAAAUAGUCCAAAGGCUUCGUGCUGAACGAAUACUCCUUGGUGAAUUCAACCAUAUGAAACUCUUUCGAGACAUUGUGCACAAUAUCAGAUAUCACUUUUUAGUGCAUACGCCACAGAAAAAGCAAGAAAUCUUAAACACGGCCGUAAAAGAAAUCGCCACAAAAGUAGAAGGUGCUAAAAGAUGCAUGAUCUUCCAACCAAACCAUGAUAAUGUACUCGAGUGCAUUGCCGAGCACCUCGCAGAAUCCUCCAAUGACGUGGAUUCGGAGGAGACUGAUCUACAAACAAUGGAUGAAGAUACCAGACUUAUAAUCCCACCGACUACAGUAGCGCCAGUUCUACUCGGCACUCUCGCACCACCCGAAAUCAAAGAUGUACAGCCGUCGUUUGAUCGAUUACUAAAACCUGUCACUAUAUGUGGUCGUAGCAAGACUCCCUUAUCGACCUAUUUUGGACUGUCGACGAGAGAAAAGGCUUUAAUCGUGCCGACGAAUCUGGGAGACGAGCAGAAUGGAUUGCUGGUGCUUGUCUGUAAAGAUACUAUUGAUGAGCUAGAAACUGAGGAAGAAUUUGGGACUGCUACAUUGUUGCUGGAUUUGGCUGAACAGGUGUCGAUUGCCAGAGCGCAAGCAAAUCUGAUUUUGAAGGAUCGAUUCUUGAUUGCUCAGUUAGAAGAGCAGAAUCAGGCAUUGACUGAGGCCAGGAAGGAAGUUAAAUUCGCUCAAGCUGCCAAAGAUUUUACCGCAGUGAUGUCUCAUGAGAUGAGAACACCAUUAUUCGCCAUAUCAUCCCUUCUUGCCAUGAUCUCAGAAAUGGAAGCUCUACAUACACCCGCCGCGAAAGAAGUCCUCGACAUGAUGGACCUGGCACGAGGCAGUGCUCAAAUGUUGGUUACAAUAGUCAACAAUAUUCUCGACUUUGCUAAAUACGAGGAUGAACAAUUCCAUCUGGAUCGUUCGCCGUUUGUGUUACGAGAAGCUCUUGAAAUGGCUGCUGAUGUUGUGGCAGUUCAAGAUGGUGAUGCCAAGUUCCCACAGAUUAUAUUGAUUGGUCCUAGUCAUGAUAUACCAUCAGUUGUUGUUGGAGAUGUGACUCGAUUCCGUCAAAUCAUCGUCAACUUGUUGGCUAAUGGAUGUAAAUUUACUGAACCGUCUGGCACGGUAACGGUACAAGUUAGAUCGGCGAUUCCCCCUAAAGGUCCUGGUAAAGUUAGCAUUCAUGUUACUGUAACCGAUACCGGUAUUGGUAUACGUGCAGAGGAUGUGUCCAGGCUCUUCCAAAAAUUCUCACAAGCUGAUGCAAGUCAUACCCGAAGAUAUGGUGGAACCGGACUUGGUCUGGCUAUCGCAAAGACUCUUUGCCAGCAUAUGGGUGGCUCUAUAGAUGUUUGCCCAAAUCCAGCCGAGCGUGGAACUCAAUUCAAUUUGGUGGUGCAUCUAGACGAGUAUCGAGAAGAGGAAUGGGAGACGCCAGUCUCAUUUGCGCUUGCCUCCCUACCUGAUUUAAAGUAUAAUAGUACAAGAAUUGGCAUUGUGGACUCGAAUCCAAACUCUCUACAUGGUCUGAAGCAACUUGCACUACAUUGCUCUUCGAGCAUAGAGGCAAAACCAUUUAAUAAUCUGCAAGAGCUCUUGGAUGCUCGUAUAUAUUUGCAUGGCAUAGUCAUCAACAUGCCAACGGUUCCGAGCACAAAGGAUAUAGAAUUGCUGGAAAGCCUGACAGCAGUAUAUGGAUCUCGCUUCCUGGUCUUGUACGGAUUUGUGGCACACAAGUCACGACGCCCAAGUGUAUUAACGCUUCCAGUCAGCAAGAGUGCACUAACAGCACAACGACCAUUGAAGUUGGGUGAAUUCGCACGAUUUGUGGAAGUCAUAUGUAGCAAACCACCGAUAACAUUUGCUGUGCCGCUUCCUGGUGAUGAGCUUCCUAUGAGGUCAGAAUCCGAGUGUCCCCCUUCGGUUGGUUCUCUGUCAUCAUCAAUUGCAUUCCCACAACAAAGAUCGGCAUCCGUUGACUUUAGCACGCUGCCAACGCCAAAAGCCACAAACGGGGAACGAAACCAUUCAGCAAUCACUAUGCCUGUCCGGACAGUCUCGUCAUCAUCCAUACACGGUGUACCACCGCUUCGAAUCCUCAUAGUAGAAGACAACAAUGUAAAUCAACUUGUAAUCACCAAAAUGCUGUCUCGACUGGGUCAACGGGUGUCGGAUAUAAGUAUAGCAAACGAUGGUAUAGAAGGAUUCGCCAUGGUUGAUGCAGACCCCAACAAGUAUGAAGUGGUCUUGAUGGAUAUUAUGAUGCCCAACAUGGACGGGUAUGAAUGCACGAGAGCUAUACGAGCCAAAUAUGGAUUGGAACGACCGUGGAUUGUGGGGUUGACUGCUAAUGCAUUUUGGGAUGAUCGUGUUAAAUGUCAUGAAGUUGGGAUGCAGGAUUUUGUGUCCAAGCCGGCUAGUGUGACUGAUUUGAAGACGGCGUUGCUGAGGUACUGUGAACAGAGGCAACCGAUAAUAAGGCAUUGA